GUAAUUACAUAUUGUGCAUAAGGUUUACGCCUGGGGUUAUAAAUAGGCCUGUUAGUAAUCCCAGGAGGCAUCCUCUAUUUUGUAACCUCUUUUCUGAAUAUUAAAAGUAACUCGCCGCUCUGCUCCUGACAUUUUUGCCGAACCUCGUUAAAUUUCUGUGUUCUUAUGAAUUUGUGUAGUUACUAUUUUUCUUCGCCCUAAUUUACUCAAUAACCAUACUGUACUAACCUUUUGUGAAGAGAUUAUAGUAAAGUCAAUAAUACCACUCCUUUGUUCUGCUCUUUGACGUUGAGAGAGAGAGAGAGAGAGAGAGAGAGAUGGAGGUCGGAGGAAGCGGUGCAGUCUGUAGAAACAUACUGGGACUGCCGAAAGAGUGCGUGUCGCAGGCGAUAUCGCUAACUUCUCCCAGAGAUGCGUGCCGAUCAGAGGCUGUAUCGGCAGGGUUUCGAUCGGCGGCGGUCUCCGACGACGUGUGGAAGCGUUUUUUACCGUCGGAUUACGCUGAUAUCCUCGCGCGAGCAGUCGAUCGAGUGGAAUUCGAUUCAAUGAAGAAUCUCUAUUUCCGCCUCAGCGAUCCAGUUCUCAUUGACGGUGGGAAGAUGGGAUUUUAUGUGGACAGAGAGACGGGAAUCAAGUGCUUCGUCUUGCCGGCGAGGGAGCUUGGGAUUGCGUGGGGGGAGACUCCGGAGUAUUGGACAUGGAUUCAUCACCCUGAAUCAAGGUUUUCGGAAGUUGCUGAGCUAACGAAUGUGUGCUGGCUGGAGAUCCGAGGCAGGAUUAACUCGCGGAUGCUCUCCAAACAGUCAAAAUAUUCAGCCUAUCUUGUAUUCAAAUUAUCAAAUAGUGCAUGGGGUUUUAGGUAUCCUCCUCAGAAGGCGUCGGUUGUCGUAGGAACUGACGUCUCGAAUUUGUCAGUUUGCCUGAUGGAUUUAGAAGAGCUUCUGCAUGAUCAACCAGAGGAGCUGCAGGAUGAUUUGCCUGAUGCGGCGGACGAGCCUCAGUAUGAUCGAUGGGGAAACCCACUUGAAGAAGCACAAGAUGAAUCAGAAAUGGUAGGAGGACCAAAGACAAGGCAGGAUGGGUGGCUAGAAGUUUUAUUGGGGGAGUUCUACAAUGAAGAGGGAGAUGAUGGGGAGGUUGUCAUCUCUUUAUUGGAGACCGAAAGCCUGCACUGGAAGGGCGGCCUUAUUGUUCAGGGAAUUGAGAUCAGGCCUGCGAAUGAGCUUGAGCGCAAGGUGCAAACGCUUCAGACGGAGGCAACUACCCUCUCAGCACAGCUCACUCUGCUACAGGUGGUUUAGGCGAGUUCAGCCUUACACUUGUAAUUUUUUCUGAUUUACAAUAAGAAUGUGAUGAUUUUGGAACUUAACUAGAACUCAACGAGGACAUUGUGUGAAUUCUCAUGAGCCAGGUAUAAAAUGAAUGUCAUGGUUUGAAAUAAUAUUUGGUUCCAUAAACGCCGCCAUAACUUUCUUUGCGGUUAGUGGAGAAAAGGUUGCUUUUGCCAGAACUCUGAUGUUGAAUAAAGUUCCAUAAGUUCCAUAAGUUCCAUAAAUUCAUAAAUCUUAUUCGACAGGACAUACUUCUUAUUGCUGCCCCAAGAAUUAUUUAUCUGUAGAUGAUGUGCUGUAUCUUUGGGAGCUAUGCAAAUAUUCAUAAAACUUCAAAAUUUAUGUAUUAGAUAUGUAAAUACAUAAGAUUGUGUUGCAUAUUGGUCUUUUUUUCAGUUUGUGUUAGAUAUGUAAAUACAAAGUUCUUAUUCAUAAACAGAUGGUUGUUAUAUUAUUCUUUUAAACAAUUUUACAAAACAGGGGUAUUAUUGUCUUUUUUCAUAAACAGCUGUCUGACAGCUGGUUUCACGCAGCUGCACCAAACAGA